AUGUUCGACGGGUUUCCAUCGUAUGAACACGAUGCACGGUAUCGGUCCGGAUUAACGCAACCCUUCAAUGCAGGAACGGGUGACGGUGGGAAGAGCUACAUCAUCAUCCGUGCAGGAACGGACGAUGGUGGGAACCUCUUUGCGUUGCUAAUUUUGUUACAAGAAAGAAAGCUUGCUGUGGAGCGAUCCGAGGUCUUUGUGACCAGCCAUCCCGUGGAGCACAUCGUCAUCAUGAGCGUCAUCACUACGAAUAGGUCCGUCCCCCCAGGCGCUACAACGCGGGACGAACAUCCUGAGCUGGCUGCAGGCCUCGAGGCUGAGGGUCUCGCGCCUUUGUGCUACUUUCAGGCGGUGCGCAUGCAAUGCGCUCGGAUCAUCGACCGCGGUCGUCCGACCCUUGCAUCCAUCUCUCAUAUUGCCAACUCUCGUGAUUCCUCGACUCUCGACCCCAUUUCGCUACGGUCUGUCGGGCCUUGCAUGAGGCUUGCGGCGUUUCUCAAGCAAUGCCUCGGCACGUUACACUUUUUCUGGGGUGCCUACUUAUUCUUGGGUACGAGAGAAGUAGCUAUGAUACAUCGAGGUGAUCGGCUAGAGAGGUCCACACCACCCCCAUCGACGGAGAAACUCUAUGUCUAUUUCAAGACCGUGGCCGUUCGACAACGAACCCUUCCUUCUAAAGGGAAAGGGAUGGUUCCCUCGGGAUCGGUGGAGCGUUACUAUUUCCUGGACGGGCUCACGUGGAUGGACUGGGGGGUGACGGUGUCUGGGCUGUUUGCAUCAUUGCGAAGGGUUCUUGAUAAUGAGGACAAGUAA